GUGAAAUACUUAGCUGCUUACUUAUUAUUAGUUAACGCCGGUAACGCUUCUCCAUCUGCUGCUGAUAUCAAAUCAGUUUUAGAAUCAGUUUCUAUUGAAGUUGAUGAUGAAAAAAUUGCCAAAUUAUUAGGUGAAGUUGAAGGUAAAAACGCCGAAGAAUUAAUUGCUGAAGGUAACGAAAAAUUAUCUUCUGUUCCAGCUGGUGCUCCAGCUGGUGCCGCCGCUGCUGCUGGUGGUGCUGCUGAAGAAGCUGCUGAAGAAGCUGCUCCAGAAGCUGCUGAAGAAUCUGAUGAUGAUAUGGGUUUCGGUUUAUUCGAUUAA